AUGGGUGAUGUCAUUCUUGGCAUCGCCGGAUCAAUGGCGGGCGAGCACCUCAAGGCUGGUCGAACUCAUGUCAUCGUACUGUCUCCUGCGGCUCAUGUCUUGCACAAGGUAUCGAAAUCCUUCCCGGAUAUCUACAUUCACCGCAUCAAUCCUGCGUUCCUCCCGUAUCGCCGCGAACCAGAGUUUCAGGAUACCAUCUGUCUUAAAGACUGCUGCAAGAACGUUUUCGCUAGCAACUGGUCCAAGUACCAAUCCACGUCCGGUCGCAUCAAGCGCAUCUUGAAGAAUGCCCGCUCUGAGCAACCCGUUGGGGAACUGCUUGACUCGAAGGUCGAAAUUCGGACCAAGGCAGGUUGCGAGAUUCUCGUUGAGUCUGGAAGCAAAGAGAUUCGUCGACUGUUUCCGGGACAAGUGCACACCCUCUUCGUCUGGAUUCGCAUCAAUAAGGCUGAGACUCAGGGCGUCAACCUCAAUUCAGACAACCCCAUUCUCAACUCAUGUCUUGACGCCAAUGGGCUGAGGCAGGAGCUGCAGAACUGUGUUCGUGUAGGUGCCACCAAAGUAAACCCGCUUGACGUGCAGCUACUGCAUCGCAGCUCACUCCACCCCACGCGAUCUUGGAUGUAUACGGAGGCUCAGCUCAUCUUCACUCGCGAGCUUGGUGGGCUGGCACCUCUCCUGGACACAUCCAUGGAGUUUUACAAGCGUCAGCUUUUCUGCAACCUUUCUCGAGUGUCGGCAAACGAGGCCAAAGCCGUGGCUGAAGCAACUCUGGACACUCUCCCCAAGAAUCAUGAACAAGCAAAGAUGCUACUGGAGCGCAUGUCGCAGGAGAUCGAGCUUCACUUGGCGAUCCGUAGGUAUGAGAAGGAAUACCGACAGAGGCUCCCGCUGUGCCCCGGUCCCACCGACGUCGAAGCAUCUCACAAGUGGCUUCACGAGCUCUGGGCUCGUAGGAGGAACAAGCGCAGCGGCUCAGAUGUGGCCUGA